AUGCCGGGGAUGAGAGCGAAACCAGCCUCCCACUCAGCCUCCCUGGGGCUCUCCCAGGCUGAGGAGAGCCUCCGGAUCCUGGUGGGGACCGAAGGAGACAGCUUCCCGCUGAUGGAGAUCAACGCCGGUGAGACCGAGGCCUCCGAGCAGUGGGAUUACGUCCUCGUGGCUGACCGCCGCACCCAGAGAAACCCCAGGCAGGCCUGCCAGCAGCGACGGUUCCUGGAGGAGCUCAGGACAAAGGGCUUCCAUUACAAGAUGAUGGAGGACCGCGAGAAGGUGUUCUUUGGGGUCCGAGCCGACAGCAGGAUCUUUGAUCUGUACCGCACACUCCUCAUGGAGCCUGAGGGUCCUGCCGCCAGAGCGCAGCCUGCCAGGCCAGCCCCCAUCCCAGCCACCACCAGAAUCCGAAUUGUCAACUUUGUACUGAACAGCAAGACAGCAGCUGGUGACACGUUAGAGGAUUUGGUGAAGAAUGGGGUCUUUGAGACCAGAUUCGCCCUGCACAAGGGGGAGGACGACCUGAAGAAGAAAUGGGCCCAGUGGAGAAACAUGGUCAACAAGCAGCCGAUUGAUGACAUCAGGGACUACUUUGGCGAGAAGGUGGCCCUGUACUUCGCCUGGCUGGGCUGGUACACGUACAUGCUGGUGCCCGCUGCGGUGGCCGGCCUCGUCAUCUUCCUGAGCGGCUUCUCCCUGUUCAACGCCAGUCAGAUCAGCAAGGAGAUCUGUGAGGCGGACGACAUCCUGCUGUGUCCUCGCGGGGACCACGGCCGCAAGUACCAACGGCUCUCGGACACCUGCAUGUUUGCCAAGCUCACUCACCUCUUCGACAACGAGGGCACCGUGCUCUUUGCCAUCUUCAUGGCUCUGUGGGCCACGGUGUUCCUGGAGAUCUGGAAGCGGCAACGAGCCCGAGUGGUCCUGCACUGGGACCUGUAUGGGUGGGACGAGGACCAGGAGGAAAUGGCACUUGAGCUCAUUAACUGCCCUGAUUACAAGCUCCGGCCACACCAGCACUCCUACCUGAGAAGCAUGGCCAUCCUCACUCUGUGUCUCUUGAUGAUCUGCCUCAUGAUCGGCAUGGCCCACGUCCUGGUGGUCUACCGCGUCCUGGCCGCCGCCCUCUUCAACUCCGCCCUGCUCUUCCAGGAAGAGCAGGUGACCACGGCUGUGGUGGUGACCGGGGCCCUGGUCCACUACGUGGCCAUCCUCAUCAUGACCAAGGUCAACAAGCGUGUGGCCCUCAAGCUCUGUGACUUUGAGAAGCCCAGGACGUUCUCAGAGCGGGAGAGCAAGUUCACCGUCAAGUUCUUCACUCUGCAGUUCUUUGCCCACUUCUCCUCCCUCGUCUACAUCGCCUUCAUCCUGGGCAG